AGUCAAUGCACCAGAUCUCUCGCCUUCCUAUUCAGUCACUCACUCUGCAUUCUGCAACACUCUCCUCUUCGGGGUCUGGAUUCUGAGAUGGAGCCCUGAUUCAUCAAUACACGAGCAGAUUUAUGCAGUAACAAGAAGGGUUUUGCGGCAUUUUUAGGUUACUGGUGGUGCUGAAUUUUGGAGUUUUAGAUCUGAUUAUAAAGGCCAUCAUGGAUGUGCAUUUGAAGAAUCUGUUUGGUAGAUUCCAUGAGCAAUUUGGGUGUGGUCCUGGACUUGGUCCUGGAUCUGGGACAUGCCUAAUGAAGGUUGAUAGCAUUGCUCCUAAUUUCAUCAAGUCCAUGUAUAGAGCCGCAGCAGCUCUAUAUAGGACUGAUCCAUGGAAAAAGUUACGUCCAGGGCAUCUUUUUGGUGUUCGUAUUGGCAAGGAUUCAGACUGGUCAAGCAACAAACAAUUGUUCCAAUGUGUUCAGUUCAUUGGAGGGGAUGGUGGGGAUGUUGGGUUUCACAUGUUUCGGAGUGAGAAUGAUGCUAAGAGGAUGACAGGGCCAAGAGAGACAAUCCGGAUUCCAAAUGUUGAGCUUUUGAGAGUGACAUAUGAAUCGGAGUCGUUGAUGUUUCCUUCUUAUCGGAGAAUGAUCAAGUCUUUGUCGUUGGAAGUUUCGGGGAGUGACAGAUUUCCUGUAAUUGAUGUUGCUCGUUGCACAUCUUCGGGUGAGCUUGUGUUUCGGAAUCCAACUCUUGAAGAGCUUAGGUUUCUGUAUGCAUUCAUGAGAGCCAUAUCUCUAGUGCACCCCCUGCUUCAGGUAGAUAAUGAAGGUGGCUCAAAGUGGUCAAGGUUGAUCUGUUUCGAUCCAUUUAUUGAGACAGUGGAUGUUCAGUGGCCUCAAGAAAUGGUCAAAGGUUACGACCUUGUUGCAGUUACUGUUACACAUCCACCAGGUCAGGCUUAUGUGGAAAAGACAAGCUCAACACCUACCAAGUACGCAGAACCCCCGAAGGAAGAGUUCUUUGUUGAUGUCAAAAUAACCUCAAAUGGUGGCUUGAAACAAUGUGCAAGGUGUGAGAGAGAAGUUCAAGGAGAACAGUCUCUUUGCUGUGGGCGGUGUCGAGCAGUGGUCUACUGUGGUUCUCAAUGUCAGAAGCAGCACUGGAAAGAAACACAUAAAAGCAUGUGUGGGGUUUACAAGGCUAUGAUGGAAAGAGAAGAAGAACUGGCAAUGAAAAUUUUUGUGUUCCCCUGCUUUGCUGACCAGCCUUGCAAAUGGCUUGAAUUGUUUGGAAUCCAUCAGAAAGGCAUGUGGAGGAGAAACUGUAGUUGCUAUUCUCACUGUCCAUUUGGUCUCCUUCCUAUUAAAGGCGGGUUGUGGGAUUCGUGGGGUGGGCUAGACAAUGGAGAAUUCCCUAGUGAUUCACCAUUUCACGAUCAUAUAAGAGAUGGGAUCUCAAGCCCACUCCUGCUUUCUGCUUGGUCAGAGUAUUAUAACCUGCGGUCAUUGCCAUUGUCAAGCCCUGUAGCUGACAUUCUUUCCCACCCAUUGACAGUCUACUACAUUUUAACAGCCCUCAGUAUCAGUUCAAAGAACCUUUUACUUAAAGGGAAGGAGGUUAUUAUUCAUUACCUUGGACCUGAAGGAGAGUUGGAUUGGAUGCCAGCCUUUGCCGAAAUAGGUCAUUUGCUGAACGGAUGGGGCAAUAUGCAAAUAGUGAUGGUGGGACCUGAAGUUCCAACCAAUCUGUCAGGUACAACUUCAGGAAUAAGUAGCAGAGUGAGGGUGAAUCUUGUGAGGGGUGUUUAUCAGGAUGAAGCCGCCUAUUUGCCAUCUCCCCACAUUAUAAUUGCACUCAACUGUAGAUUGGAUAGCUAUGCAAGCUGGGGAGGAGCUCUUGAUUUGAUCAAAUCCAUCGACGCUCCAGCCUUCUUCACGGAUCAGUCUGAAAUUUCAUUGGCAAAUGCCAAGCAGAUUCUUCGUGGUGCUGGAUUGCAUAUCACUCAUCCGGUGACACCAAAUCCAUUUCGCUCUCCUGUGAGGACUAAUGGAGCAUCUAGCAAUCUCCCUUCGUAUAGCAACGGUUUUGUGCUUGGGGUAAAUACAUGAUUUUAAAAUAUGGAAUCAUAAUUAAGCUUUCCUACCAUAAUUAAGCUUUCUUGGUGAUGGCUUCAGUUCAUGGUGAUUCUCAAUGAGAUAUUAUUAUAAAGCAGAUUUUCUUUCAAGUGUUUUUUUAACUUUUACUGGUUCUACUGCAAGUAAGCUUUCUUUUAUCAUUUCUUUUUAUGAUUUACCUUCACUCUCAUGAAGCCACACUGUGGUGUUGUCUGUAGGAAAAUGUUGCUUGUUUUGUACUCAAUAUAUAAAAAGCUUUGUUUAGUGAGCCAAUGUGACCGUUCUCGGA